GGAUGGAUGGGAUUUGCACUGCCCUGCAGUCCUGCUGAUACAAAAAUGCCUUUAAGAUCCUGCCUUUCCCAUCCUAAUCUACAAAGGAAACAGGAAAAAGGAACUUAAGCUCCCUGUACUCAGACAGCAAUGAGACUGUUCCAGCUUGCUCCGGUGCUGCGGUUUCUUGCCUGUGACUUGUAAACAGCAUACCAUGCAGGAGAAGAGUAACCAGUAAACAUCUAGCCCGAGAAAAGGAUAAUCAAUGAGCAACUGUAAGAACUGGAUGGAUAUAUUUUGGAAAGCAUGGACCCUUUAGCACACCUAGUUCUCUAUGGAUUCAGCCUGAUGAUUUCAGGUAAAGUGGAAGCGGCGCUGGACCUCAUACUGAUCAAUUCGUUCCCUAUGGUGGGCAACUCGGAGACAUCACUUAUCUGUAUCACUUCCAAGUGGCGUUCCCGUGAGUCUAUCACAAUAGAUCGAGACCAGGAGGAUGUGACAAACCAGCACCGGGAACCACUGGAAGUUAAUGAAGAUUCAAACAGAGCAACAGCCAAAACAGUGGUGUGGAAGAGGGAACAGGCCAGUGAGACUAUUGGAGCGUAUUACUGCGAAGGGAAGCUCAAGGAUGAGGUGACGAGGAUACAUACCAUGAAGAUGCCGCUGGGAGCCUCAUUCCACCCGGUGGCAUUAACUAUUACAGCAAACAAGGGAGAGCAUGUGAAUAUUUCCUUCAUCAGAAUGGCAGCAAAAGAGGAAGAUGCAGUGAUCUACAAAAAUGGUUCCUUUAUCCACUCUGUGCCCAGGCAUGAAGUACCAGGGGAGCUGGAAGUCUCCUACCCUCAAGUUCAACCACAGGACGCAGGGGUUUACUCUGCCAGAUAUAUAGGAGGAAACCUCUUUACUUCUGCUUACACAAGACUUAUUGUAAGACGGUGUGAAGCUCAGAAAUGGGGUCCUUCCUGUAGCUCCCACUGCCCUUCCUGCACGAACAAUGGCAUUUGUCAUGAAGAUACUGGGGAAUGCAUCUGUCCUCCAGGUUUUAUGGGAAAAACAUGUGAGAAAGCUUGUGGAGCCAACACAUUUGGCAAAACAUGUGAAGAAAGCUGUAAAGAAAACUAUGGAUGCAGAAACUAUAUGUUCUGUCUACCAGAUCCAUAUGGUUGCUCUUGUGCCACAGGAUGGAUGGGACUGGAAUGUGAUAAAGAAUGCAAACCUGGUUUUUAUGGGUCGGAUUGCAAACUCAAAUGUAAUUGUCACAAUCGAGGGACGUGCGACAGAUUUAAGGGCUGCAUCUGCUCCCUUGGAUGGCAUGGUCUGCAAUGUGAAAAAGAAGGCUCAGCAGAUCUUUCACCUCAGAUAGAAAACUUACUAGAUCCUGUAGAACUCAAUUCAGGCGUCGAGUUCAAGCCUUUUUGUAUAGCAACGGGGAUACCACUUCCUAAAUCUGAAGAAUUUAAACUUUUGAAGCAAGAUGGAACUGUCCUAAGGCCUGCUCUAAUCGUUACCAGUAAUCGCUCUGAAGCCAUGUUUACAAUUAAUCGAAUCCAGCCCCGUGAUACAGGAACUUGGGUCUGCAGUGUGCAGACAGUAGCGGGAAUGGCAGAGAAACCAUUUCAAGUUACAGUCAAAGUUCCUCCUGUGCCACAGUAUGCCCCAAAGCUGACAGACAGUGGACAUAAUUUCCUCAUAAUUGAUAUCAAUGCUAAAUUACAUCUUGGAGAUGGACCUGUUGUGUCAACAAAACUCCUGUACAAGCCAGCAAAACGUUACCAGUCCUGGAUGUCUGUGGAAGUAAAAGGCACAACCAAAAGACUGGACAAUCUGGAACCAAAAACAGAGUAUCAGUUCUGUGUUCAGCUGAGUCGGCAAGGGGAAGGUGGGGAAGGCCAUCCUGGACCACAGGCUAGCUUCACAACAGCUGCACUUGGUCUUCCUCCACCAGAAGGUCUCACUCUCUUUCCAAAAAGUAUGACAUCACUGAAUUUGUCAUGGCAUCCUUUAACACUGAGGACAGAGGAUGACAUUCGUGUUGAAGUGGAAAGGAAGAGCGUGAAUGACAAUGGUGAAAAGAGCAGUGUUAUUACUCAAGUGCCAGGAAAUAUGUCCACCCUGAUCAUUAAAGAUCUUCAGCCUAGACAGCAAUACAUGUGCAGGGUACGGGUGAACACCCGGUCCCAAGGAGAAUGGAGCAACUAUCUGUACGCAUGGACUUUCAGUGACAGAAUCCCUCCUGCCCCAUACAACAUCAGGUUUUCUAACACCACAGACACAUCCUCGGUCAUCUCAUGGACAACUGCUGAGGGUCAUUCCAUCUCCUCCAUCAUCAUCAGCUACAAAAUUUAUGGCAAGGCUGAAUACAACCACAUCGAUAUUAUCAUAAAGAACACCAGCAUUACUCAAUACCAUCUCAAGGGCCUUGACCCAAACACUGUGUACCAGGUUCAGAUUAAUGCUCAGAACAACAUUGGCUUGAGCAACCCAAAUACGUCAUUUGAAUUGAAGACUCUUCCAGAAACUAAAGCUCCAUAUGAAUCAAAAGGAGGCAAAAUGCUGCUUAUUGCUAUCCUUGGCUCUGCAGGGAUGACCUGUGUGACAAUUCUCCUGGCCUUUCUCAUCAUGCUGCAGUUAAAGCGAGCCAAUUUUCAGCGCCGAAUGGCUCAGGCUUUCCAAAAUGUUGUGAGGGAAGAGCCAGCUGUACAGUUUAACUCAGGUACUCUCACCCUGAGCAGGAAAGCCAAAAACAGCCCAGAUCCCACUAUUUACCCAGUUCUUGAGUGGAAUGACAUAAAAUUUCAAGAUGUGAUUGGGGAAGGUAACUUUGGGCAAGUCCUGAAAGCACGCAUUAAGAAAGAUGGCUUACGCAUGGAUGCUGCGAUUAAAAGGAUGAAAGAGUAUGCCUCCAAAGAUGAUCACCGAGACUUUGCUGGAGAACUUGAAGUUCUUUGUAAACUUGGUCAUCAUCCUAACAUCAUAAAUCUUUUAGGAGCAUGUGAACAUAGGGGAUAUCUUUAUCUUGCUAUUGAAUAUGCCCCCCAUGGAAAUUUACUGGACUUCCUUCGGAAAAGCAGAGUGCUAGAGACAGACCCAGCAUUCGCUAUUGCCAACAGUACUGCGUCUACACUUUCCUCUCAGCAACUUCUGCAUUUUGCAGCAGAUGUUGCUAGAGGGAUGGACUACUUGAGCCAGAAACAGUUUAUUCAUCGAGAUUUGGCAGCAAGAAACAUCUUGGUUGGAGAAAAUUAUGUUGCAAAAAUAGCUGACUUUGGCUUAUCAAGAGGUCAAGAAGUUUAUGUUAAGAAGACUAUGGGACGGCUUCCAGUGAGAUGGAUGGCAAUUGAGUCUUUGAAUUACAGUGUUUACACCACAAACAGUGAUGUAUGGUCAUAUGGCGUCCUCUUAUGGGAAAUUGUUAGUUUAGGUGGAACACCGUAUUGUGGAAUGACAUGUGCAGAACUCUAUGAAAAACUGCCCCAAGGGUACAGACUGGAAAAGCCUCUCAACUGUGAUGAUGAAGUGUAUGACCUAAUGAGACAGUGCUGGAGAGAGAAACCAUAUGAAAGACCAUCAUUUGCUCAGAUACUGGUGUCACUGAAUAGGAUGUUAGAAGAAAGGAAGACUUAUGUGAAUACUACCCUAUACGAGAAGUUUACUUACGCAGGCAUUGAUUGCUCCGCUGAAGAAGCUGCUUAAAACAGGAGAAAUCUUCAUUCAUGAAUGAUGUAUUGAAGAAAACCAAAAUUCCAUGUGCUGGAGCCCAAAAUGUGAUGUGCUGUGUAGAACUGUGUAUAGCUCUAACUGUAUAUAAUACAGUAAUACUGUUUUACUACAGAUGUAUGUGUAUAUCACACAGUAACCUUUGCCUCCACAGGCUGUAGAAGUGUAUAUACUGCUCAGAGUAGGAAUAGACUGAAGUAAUGAAAUCUGCUGUUUCAACCGCAGGGUUCUUUUUUCCUAGUCCUGUAGAUAUAGUGUAUACAUACAAUUAUGGUAAUGCAUUAGGUAUUGCCACCUUAGAUAUUUUUUACACUUUCCAAGAGCUGCUGAUAGCAAAUUCAGUAUCUCAUAGACAUCUCAUUGUGAUUCAAACAAAAAUGCUAAGAUCAGUGCAACAAUGGGAGUUGCAAGCAGGUGUCAAUCCAGUUUCCUCACCAAGGAUAACUAAUUAUUAAGACUCCUAUUUUAAUGUAAAAGUGAGCUAGUAGAAAUAAUCUGUUCAAAAAUUCUAUUGACACUUGUAAGAUAUAAAGCACACUAUUGCUCUUUCAUUGUCCAGUUUAACAGUCAGUGAUCAUAAAAUAUGCAUAUAUUUUGAAAUGUUUAAUGCUAUUGGAGGCAGCCAUACAGCAAUUAUCAUGAAGCAUAGGAUUGAGGAACAUACUACAUAUUGUAAAACACAUUUUUACAAUUAGCCAGGAUAUACAUGAGGCUUAUCCAAUUUGUAUUUCAUCUAAUAAUUUCACUGAAUAAUUAUAAAUUACUACCUAUUAUAUACAAGCAGGACUUGGUUACUUUUGCUUAUUUUAUCCCUUUUGCAGUUUGUAGUGUGGUCUGGCCUCUUAAAAAUACUAUACUGAAAUGCUUCAAAGCAAUUAUAUUUGGCCUGCCAGAAAGACCUUCUAAUCCUUUCAUUAGGCAAAUAGAGGCUGGAUUGGCCUGAGCUUCGGGUAUCAAGUCAACCACAAGGGAUACUGUGGAUUUAUCCUAUUCAAACUUCACAUACCAGCUAACCUUAUGCUUUGCACACGUUCCUCUCACCCCCCCAUGACUCACCAGCUCAUAACUGACUGUCAGACCACAGCAGCUUUCUAGGUGGGUAGAUCAUGUCACCACCCAAGACUUGGAGGAAGAUGCUAGAGAGAGAAAAAGAGAAAAAUGUUUCCCAUUCUGAUACUUAGUUUGUGGGUGGGUAUUUGGUUGGUUACACGGCAGGGGUAUCACAGCAGAGUGUAGAGUAACGUUACUGGCAUACACCAGGCUGACUCAAAUAGGAAAAGCACCAACAGCCUUACUAAAAGGGAAUAAUUCAAUAAACAAAUCACUUGUGUGGCCUUGAGAUAGGCAGAACUUGCACUCUAAGCACAGGUGCUACAAUCUGAAUUUACAAAGAGCACACAGAUUAACUGGAGCAAGGAACAACUCCAAAACAGAAAAAAGAAACAAAUUCCACUAUAUUUUUCAUAAGAGACUACUUAACCGGGCACUUUUGAAGCAUGGGCAUUGCAUUUUGCAGUCUAGCUGCGUUCCUACAGGUCAGAGAGGUGAACAAGAACGGAUCUCCACAGGUGUUUUCUAGGCUGCUGGGCAAAGCUAGCUAACAACUUCUGCUGGAACUGCUCCACUUUCUGUACAGAAUUUUUCAUGGGUCCAAAACAGCUCAUUGCCUCACACACCUCUAACAGAAGGCACAACUGACUAUUCUUCUACUUCAUGUGAACCCCAUCUUCUGUGCCAAAUUUUUUCUUGGACCAAUAUGACCCAUAAGGAAGGAAUCAGAUCAUUCAUCAACCCAAUAGGUCUUAAUACUGUCUGUGUUUUAAGUGUUCAAGUCUCUGUAAAUUUAGCUGAUGGUCAUUUAAGUGUCCUUAUAAAUGCUCUUCAUAUCUACAUUGUGGCAUGCAUUAACUUUCUAAUUAGCUGUAAUGAGAUUCAAUUUUUCUUAAAUUGGCAUUUUAUAAAAUACACAAAAGAAAACAGUAACUCCAAUUCACAGCUUGAGAUGUCUCUAUUCACUCUGUACAUCACAGAACUACAGCUAUUAAAAACGUCCACUAAUUCUA